UGCAGUGCAGAUUUUGCAAGAAGAUGGGUCAUGUAGAAAGGGUUUGCAAAAACAAAGGCAGACCAAGAUACAACCAACCCCAACAGCCAAGAGCUGAAGCUCAAGUAGUAGAAGAAGACAAUGACCAAGAAGAACAAGUUUUUGCAGUUUCUUGUUCAGCUGUUAAAGGAAAAGCUACAGAUGGAUGGUUGAUAGACAGUGGUUGCACAAACCAAAUGACCCCUGAUGCUAGCAUUUUUAAGUCAAUUGACAGAAGCUUCAAAACAAAUGUGAAGGUCGAAAAUGGACACUUCAUCAAAGUUGAAGGCAAAGGAGAUGUGCUGAUAAGCACUCCUACAGGUACCAAACUUGUUAAAAAUGUCUUGUUAGUGCCUGAAAUUGAUAGAAAUUUGCUUAGCAUUGCUCAACUGCUUGAGAAGGGCUAUUCAGUUGUAUUCAAAGGUAAAGAAUGCCUGAUUAGUGAUCCUAGUGGAUCCAAGCUCAUGACAGUAGCUAUGACAGAAAAAAGUUUUAUUGUGGGCUGGAAUAAGAGUCCAGAUAGUGCCUACACAGCUGCUGCAGAUGAAUCCAAGUUGUGUCACAAGAGGCUUAGCCAUGCCAACUACAUGUCAAUGGCUCAGCUAACCAAAGAAGAUUCGGUUAAAAAUUUCACUAAUUCGGUUGAGAAAGAAAGGAAAUUUUUGACAUUCAAAGAGGUGCAUGAUAUGCAUGGGAACCAAUCAUCUGCUCAGAUAAAAGAAUUAAAGGCACAUGUAACUAGCUUGAAACUUGAGUUGAAAUCAUUGCAAGCAAUUAACAGAGAUAUGGCGGAGCAGUUAGAGAACAAAGCAAGUGAAGCAGAAAAACUGAGAGAACAAAAUAUAAGACUCCAAUCCCGUAUUUCAGAACUCAAAAUAAUGUUAGAAAAGAGAGAAAAAGAAAUUUUUAUUCUCACGAAAAAACUUGAGGAUGAUAACAGUGAAUCAUUGUCUGGUAUGAAGAACUUGACUGCUCAGGAAAAUAAUCUGCUAUCAGAGAAUGAGACGUUGCAAGCUGAGAAGGCUCUGUUGAAAGAAAAUUUUGCAUUUGAAGGUGAUGAAGCAUCAAAUCAAGUACAGAGGUUAAUAGAUGAGGCAAACACAUUGCAGCAGCAGCUGGAAUCUCUUCAUAUCCAGAAGGCAAAACUAGAAUUGCAGUUUGAUAGAAAGAAACAAAAGUCAUCCGAAAAACUGAAUGAAAUGGAGAAUCAAAAAUCAGAGUUGAAGCAAAUGGUUGAGGACCUUCAAAGAGAUUUGGAAGCAAAAGGAGAUGAGAAAAAUGAUUUAGUGAACCAAAUCAUCAGAGAAUACUUAAAGAAUAAGAGUUUGCAGCAUGCAAGCCAAUGAGGAGUGUUGGAAAUUGGCCUACAUGCAGCAUGUGAAGAAGCCAAAGUGUCAACAUGCAGCCCAUACAAAUUCAAGCACAUAAGUUAUCCGGGUAAAGUAUGUGCAAGAAUUCAUACACAUAAGUUACCCGGGUAAAGUACGUGUAACUGAAUCUGUUUGUUUUGGUUCUUUUGUAACCAAGUCUAUGAAAUGUGUUCUAGUUCAUUUUAAACUUAGUUUAAGCCUACAUUUGAUGUAGUUUGAUGAUGUAGGAGCUGAUGACCAACUUUACUUAAGUGUACAAGUUUAGUUUUGUAAGUUCCAAUGUAAUAAGUGGAGUUAGGUAGUGUUUAGGUGAUGAAUUUGUUGAUCUUUUGACCAGCCAAUGACUGGUAUAUGUAAUGGCUUUGAGCCAAAGUUUAUUUUGAAUGAAAUCAUCAGAUUUUCUUCCAUAUGCUCCAUUCUUCCUUUGCCUUCUAAAAAUUCUAAGUUCUGUUCUCCAUUCUUGACAGUAGCUAAAAGCUUGAACUUCAAGCAUUUUUUCUUCAUAUUUUACCCGGGUAUAAUACGUUGUUGCUGGUGCUCUGUUUGAAAUUCUUACUUUACUCGGUGAAAGUGUGUUGAAAAUCCAACAGGAACCCUUGGAUAUUGCAGAAAAAAUUCUAUGUAAUUAUUAUUCAGGUGCAACGUGUGGAAUAAGAAAUUUGGUCGACAAGUGCCUACUUGAUAUCAAAGAUGAUAUAUUUAUUUCUACACAUGACAUGCUUGAAGAGAUGGGCAAAGACAUUGUUAUGCAAGAAUCUAGACAUCCUGGAAAACGCAGUAGGUUAUGGAAUCAUAAAGACGUGAAAGAAGUGCUCAAAUAUAACAAAGGGACUGGCCUAAUUGAAGGCAUAAAGUUAGACAUGACUCAAAUUGAUAAUCUACAGCUUUGUGUUACUACUUUUGAGGAGAUGCAUAAGCUUAGAUAUAUCGACUUCAAGUUUCGUCAGUACAAUAUUGCAGCGUUAUAUCAAGACCAAUUUAAUUAUAAGAAGCUAUAUACAACCCAAGUUGAAAGUAUACCUCUUUCUGAUGAGCUAAGAAUUCUUAGCUGGGAUCAUUACCCCUUCAAGUCUUUAUCGGGUUUUAAUCCAAAAAAUCUUGUUGUGUUGAGAUUACGGAAUGGCAACAUGAAACAACUUUGGAAUGAAGACGA